AAUUACUAUUGCCACCCUAGUUAUAUUUACCCUUACCGAGUAUUUUUUCGAACAAGUUUUUUCUCCAAACCACUUUAACUCCUUGAGAAAAAAUAAACCGUUCUAAAACCCUAAUGCGUUAAGUGUUAACCCUCUCCCCUCCAUUACCCCUUAAUUGAACGAACUGCAAACCCCUCUGGUUCAAUCUAUGAUCUAUGGCGCAUGCGAUGAAUAGCAAUAGAGGACAAGACACCACCCUCACAUUCACGAAACAACCUUAUGUCGAAGAUAAAGGCCCCCGAAGGAUCAAGAGCAUUAAGUUCUCAAUGUUUUCUGACGCUGAUGUUCUCAAAAUGGGGGAAGUUCAGGUUUCUUGCUCCCGAUGUUAUGUGAGUCAAGAGGACAAAAGCCCUGUCCCCAAUGGCUUGUUGGAUGCACACAUGGGUCCUCCAAACAAAUCAGGCACAUGUGACACAUGCCAUGGAAAAUUUGAAAAUUGCCCUGGUCACUUUGGAUACCUGACACUUGUGUUACCAGUUUAUAAUGUUGGAUAUAUUUCUCAUAUUGUGGACAUUUUGAAGUGCAUAUGCAAGUCAUGUUCACGCAUAUUGUUGUUGGAGGAAGAACGUGUAGGCUAUUUAAAGAAGAUGAGAAAUCCAAAACUGGAUCAUUUAAGAAAGAAUGAAACUUUUAAAAAGGUAGUGAAAAGGUGCACAGCUAUGGCAAGUAGUAAGAAAGCAGUGAUAUGCUCCAGAUGUGGCUACAUAAAUGGUAUAGUGAAAAAGGCUGUUGGAACAGUUGGAGUUGUACAUGAUCGUAGCAAAGUUCAAGAUUCUACCUCAAAGGAAUUAACUGUUGCUACCUCUCACCUCAAGGAGUCAAAGACACCUGUCAAUUUGUCACUUUGUUUAAACCCUGACAAAGUUCUUAAACUUUUUAAGAAGAUGGUGGAUGAGGAUUGUGAUUUGCUUUAUCUUGCUGAUAGACCUGAGAAACUCAUUAUAUCAGUAAUUCCUGUUCCUCCAUUACCUAUUCGCCCUUCUGUCAAAGUUGAUGGUGGAGCAACAAGCAAUGAGAAUGAUGUAACCUUGAGAUUGGCUGAAAUUAUAAAAGCCAAUGCUCUUCUUAAUCAAAAUUUAUCAGACCCAAGUGCUGCUAACAAAACCAUGGAAAAUUGGGAGUAUUUACAAAUUACUGUUGCACUAUAUAUAAACAGUGAUGUUCGUGUGCCUCCUUCACCUAAUCUUCAAAACACUAAACCAAUGUCUGGUCUUGUUCAACGUAUGAAAGGGAAACAAGGGAGAUUUAGAGGGAAUUUAUCAGGGAAACGUGUUGAAUAUACUGGAAGAACAGUUAUUUCUCCAGAUCCUAACUUAAAGAUUACAGAGGUUGGAAUUCCUAUCUUAAUGGCUAAGAUUUUAACUUUCCCUGAGAGAGUUUCAAAUCACAAUAUAGAGAGAUUAAGACAUGCUGUACGUAAUGGAACUAUUAAAUACCCUGGUGCUAAGCAUAUAAGAAAGACAGAUGGUAGCAUGCUAUCAUUGAGUAUCAAUGCAAGAAAGCGUUUGGCUGAUGAAUUGAAAAUUGGUGAUGUAGUUGACAGACAUUUGAUACAUGGAGAUGUUGUUCUGUUUAAUAGGCAACCGAGUUUGCAUCGUAUGUCAAUCAUGAGUCACAGGGCGAGGAUUAUGCCAUGGAGGACAUUGAGAUUCAAUGAAUCUGUUUGCAAUCCUUACAAUGCUGAUUUUGAUGGUGAUGAGAUGAAUAUGCAUGUUCCACAAACAGAAGAGGCUCGAACAGAAGCUCUUAUGCUAAUGGGGGUUCAGAACAAUUUAUGUACACCAAAGAAUGGGGAGAUUUUGGUUGCAUCAACUCAAGAUUUUUUGACAUCUUCUUUCCUUAUAACAAGAAAAGACACUUUCUAUGAUCGAGCUUCAUUUGCACUUAUGUGUUGCUAUAUGGGUGAUGCAAUGGAUCCUCUUGAUUUGCCAACUCCUGUUAUACUCAAGCCAAUAGAGCUUUGGACUGGUAAACAGUUGUUUAGUGUAUUGUUGCGCCCAUAUGCAGAUAUGAGAGUUUAUCUGAAUCUUACUGUUACUGAAAAGAGUUACACAAAGCCAAGUGGCAAAAGAGUCAAACCUUAUGAAACCAUGUGCCCUAAUGAUGGAUAUAUCUAUAUUCAUAAUAGUGAGCUUCUAAGUGGGCAGCUUGGGAAGGCUACUUUAGGGAAUGGCAACAAGGAUGGACUUUACUCUGUUCUUCUUAGGGAUUAUAACUCACAUGCUGCUGCUGCUUGUAUGAAUCGCUUAGCAAAACUAAGUGCUCGAUGGAUAGGAAACCAUGGAUUCUCAAUAGGAAUUGAUGAUGUGCAACCUGGGGAUAAUUUGAAUGACAACACAAAUAGAAUUAUUUCUGAAGGGAAUAAAAAAUGUGAUAAUUUUAUAUUGGAUUUUAAUAAUGGAAAGCUCAAGUUACAACCUGGUUGUAAUGCUGCUCAGACCCUUGAAGCUGAGAUCACAGGUGUAUUAAAUAAGAUCAGAGAUGAAACUGGAAAGGUCUGUAUGGAAAAACUACAUUGGAGAAACAGCCCUUUAAUUAUGUCUCAAUGUGGGUCCAAAGGUUCUCCAAUCAACAUAAGUCAAAUGAUUGCAUGUGUUGGUCAACAAUCAGUUGGAGGUCAACGAGCUCCAAAUGGAUUCAUAGACAGAAGUCUUCCCCAUUUUCAAAGAAUGUCAAAAACCCCUGCUGCAAAAGGGUUUGUAGCAAAUUCUUUUUACAGUGGUUUGACAGCUACCGAGUUUUUCUUCCACACCAUGGGAGGACGAGAAGGGCUUGUGGACACAGCGGUGAAAACAGCUGACACGGGUUACAUGUCUAGAAAACUUAUCAAAGGAUUGGAAGAUUUAUCAGUUUACUAUGAUAACACAGUGAGAGAUUCAAGUGCAUGUAUUGUUCAAUUCACAUAUGGUGGUGAUGGAAGAGAUCCUUCUCAAAUGGAAGGAAAAUCAGGGUUUCCUCUUAAUUUCUCAAGGUUAUUGGAUAAAGCCAAGAAUACAUGUCCUUCUGGGGAACAUAAAGGCAUGUCUCCUACAGAGAUUCGUGAAGUGGUUGAAGAACGUCUUUCAAUGCAUGAUAUGACUCCAGAAGGAGGCUGCUCUGAAGACUUUCGGAAGAAAUUAAAACAAUUUCUUGAAAAUAUUGCAACAACAUUGGAUUUCACAAUGAAAGCAAUCAUGCCACGUGGACAACUUAAUCAUGAUGAAUCAUUAGUUUUUGAAAAUGUUGCUCAAAGUGUAUCUGGCAUCACCCCUCAACAGCUUCAGGUGUUCAUGGAAACUUGCAUCUCACGUUAUCAUCAUAAAAAAAUUGAUGCUGGGACAAAUAUUGGUGCAAUUGGUGCUCAAAGUAUUGGAGAACCAGGGACACAAAUGACAUUAAAAACUUUCCAUUUUGCUGGAGUUGCUAGCAUGAAUGUCACUCUCGGGGUUCCUCGUAUAAAGGAAAUCUUAAAUGCAGCCAAGAAAAUCAGCACACCUGUCAUUACUGCAAAGCUUAGAACUAAUGACAACGUGUCAUUUGCACGACUGGUGAAAGGGAAAAUGGAGAGAACUCUCUUGGGACAGGUUGCAAAGAGUAUAAAGCUUGUAUUGGGAUUAAGAUCCGCAUCUAUUGUGGUUUCUCUUGACAAGAAAACAAUCGAAGCGCUACAACUCAAUAUAAAUGCUUACACUGUUCAAGAUUCGAUUCUAAAGACUCCUAAAAUCAAACUCAAGGAAAAUCAUAUCAGGAUCUUGGAUGAUUAUAAACUUGAAAUUAAUCCUCCAUAUGAUAGGAGCAAGUAUUAUUUUGAUCUUCAUUGGUACAGAAACAGGCUUCCAUCAGUCGUUGUCAAGGGAAUUGGUACAAUCGAACGAGCUGUGAUAAACAAGAAAAAGGAGCAGGAAAAGUUCAAUUUGCUUGUCGAAGGGACGGGGCUCCAAGCGGUGAUGGGAAUGGAAGGAAUAAACGGACACGAGACAACAAGUAAUCACAUUCUGGAAGUACAAAACACACUCGGGAUCGAAGCUGCAAGAAGGUCGAUUAUAAAAGAAAUCCAAUACACAAUGGAGAGUCAUGGAAUGAGUAUCGAUAUCCGACAUAUGAUGCUUUUAGCGGAUGUGAUGACAUAUAAGGGUGAAGUUUUGGGGAUUACGAGGUUUGGGAUUCAGAAGAUGAAGGAGAGCGUGCUGAUGCUGGCGUCGUUUGAAAAGACAUCGGAUCAUCUUUUUAAUGCAGCGGUUAAUGGGAGAGUGGAUAAGAUUGAAGGCGUCAGUGAAUGUAUUAUUAUGGGGAUUCCAAUGCUUACUGGAACAGGAAUGAUUAAAGUUAAACAAAGAGUUCCACAAGUCGAGUUGUGCAAGGGGACGGAGUUGAUUUUAGCUUGAUUUUGGCGGAAACAAUUUUGAUGAAACGGAUGUAUGCAUCCGAAGUUUUUUUUUAUUUUUUAUUUUUUAUUUUUUUUGGGAGGUUUAAUAAUAAGAUUUUUGUUUUUUACUUUAUGUAAGUUAAU